AUGAGAUCAGUAUCGGAAGAUCAGGAAGGCAUGGAUGUCGAUGCGCUUCGAAACGCGCUGGAAACAUUUUGUAGCAGUCAGUCUACAGAGGUCUUGCCUAACCGCCCUACCAAGUCACAGGACUCGUGGCGGAAGACAUACAAGCAUGUCAUUUAUUGCGUGCCUAGUUUUUCUAACCCGUCUGGAAAAACCAUGAGUCUUCAACGCCGCGAGGAACUGAUUCGUGUAGCUCGCGAAUAUGACGCUCUCAUAAUAUGUGACGAUGUUUAUGACAUGCUAUGUUGGGCUUUAGGGCCCAUGUCUGAGUCAACCCGAGUACAAGAUUCCCUGAAUCGUCUUGUGGACAUCGAAUGUACGCUUGACGACGGCCCUAUCGACCGUUUUGGAAACGUAGUCAGCAAUGGUUCGUUCAGUAAGCUCAUUGGACCCGGGUGUCGAGUUGGAUGGGCCCAAGGUACCAAAGCCUUUAUCUGCGGGCUUUCUCAAGCUGGUCAAACUCGAUCUGGAGGUGCUCCAUCUCAGCUUACCUCAACAAUGGUGAACAAAUUCUUCGACGGCGACUUCUUGCAAAAUUAUAUCGCUAAAGGUCUUGUCCCAAAAUGCGUCAAUCGCUACUCUGUGAUGGUAUCUGCCAUUGAAAGAUGCCUGGGGCCUUUUGGAGUUGCUUACAACCCAGAUGCUCAAUUCAGUAAUAUAGCCGGUGGCUAUUACAUUUGGCUAAAGCUUCCUGGCUCAUUACGUGCAGCUGAUGUCUGUGAGAAGGCACUUGAAGCCCAAAAUCUCAUUCUUGGGUGUGGUGACCUAUUUGAACUUCCCAGAUCGACUUCCAAGGGGGACGGGCACCAACGACUGCGUCUCUGCUUCAUGUACGAGGAUGAGGAUCUAUUAGUUGCGGGUGUUGAAAGACUGGCUAUUGUGAUCAAGGGCAUGAUGCUAAUAAAUUGA